AUAAAACAAUAAAACUUGAACUUGAACCUUCAGUCUGCUAGCGCUACCUGGAUUCAACUGUGAAUUUCCAUUACAACUGGUGUCAAACUUUGAAAAAAUUUAAUGCCAAUCAAAACGGUGAACAAUUAUCAAAUAUUGGACCGGACGUACUGUCUAUAGCAAGCAUUUGAAAUUCAAAUUUAAUCCGCUACUGUGUCAACUUCAGUCGUGUUAAGUCUGUUCAUGAAACUGAUGUUGUUAAAUUAUUGAGGUGAUGUUUAUUCUAGAUCUCAUCCAAAAACUCUACCACAAUGUUGAGUACGUUUGGCCUGACCCUAGGACAAGGCACUACCCUCUGGUUUACACUCCAUCACCAUUCAUAAUCGACGCCAUUUUCCUUCUUUUCACGUACUAUUUGGGACCGAAAUAUAUGCGGGGAAGACAGCCUUAUCGUCUGGAGAAGAUUGUCAUUAUCUACAACUUCUUACAGAUGAUUUUCAAUGGAUAUCUAGUUGUUAAUGUUGUAAGGCUGUGCUACUGGCCGUUGAGAUACAGUUUAUGGUGUCAACCUAUUGAAACUGGGACAUCACCUAGAGAAGUGGAGAUUACUGACCUAGUCUGGCUUUACUAUGCCAGCAAAAUCAUCGAUAUUAUGGAUACUGUAUUCAUAAUUAUGAGGAAAAAGUACUCACAACUUACACUGUUGCAUAUCUAUCAUCACGCGGGCAUGAUAAUAAUUGGAUGGUGUGGCGUAAAGUAUGUUCCAGGCGGUCAAAGUCUAUCAAUCGGAGUGAUAAAUUGUUUUGUUCAUGUUGUAAUGUAUGGAUACUAUUUACUAACAUUGGUUGACAAACGCUAUACAAGUUCAUGGUGGAAGAAGCACAUCACACAAAUGCAAAUGUUGCAGUUCUUCAUAAUCUGGGUUCACCAUUCGAUAUCAGCGGUCAGUGACUGUGGUUAUCCCCGCAUUGCUAGCUCGUUGAUUGUUCCCUGCACAUUCUCCAUCACCUAUCUUUUCGCUAUUUUCUAUUGGAAUGCCUAUGUACAACCCGAAAGAAGGAAAAAAGAAGCAUGAUACUUAGAUGUAGGUAUCCAUCCACCUGUAUUUCAAUACGUUUCUGUUCCAAUAAAUCUUAAUAAUUGUGAAAUGAAAGCUUUACAAUAAUGUAGUCAUACCAUUAUAUCUCUUACCACUAUAUUUUUACUGUAUACAAAGAUUAUUACAUUGAUAAAUUAUAAUUUUUUGAUAAAUUGUGAUUGUAGUAUGCAAAGUAACAACUCUCAAAUUUUCAGUCAUGUAUUUUGUUGAUGUAUGAUCAUCAUAUUAAACGUAAAAAUAGUACUCGGUUUUUAUUUUAUUUUUCAAGUUUUCAACCCUUUAAUUUGGGAACAGUCAGGUAAUAAAUU